AUUUUAGCAGAACAAAGUGGUUAUUGGAUGAAACGCUCGAGUUUUCUGUUCAGUAUAAAUAUCACUUAUAAAAGUUAUAGUAAUCAAAUAGAGUGUUCAGGAUUAUUGAUAAAAUAACUCAUAUACCAAAGGUUACAUCAAAUAGAAACGGAAAAUGGCUAGCCCGGAUAAGAAACGGAAAAUAGCUCCCAAGGUUUUUAACGAUCCUAUCCAUGGUAAUAUAGAGUUACAUCCCUUGCUGGUGAAGAUCGUAGACACGCCGCAAUUUCAACGCCUAAGAUUCAUUAAGCAACUCGGUGGCAAAUAUUUCGUGUACCCCGGGGCAUCACAUAACAGGUUCGAGCACUCCAUCGGUGUUUGCCACCUAGCCGGACGAUUCGUGCGAGCUCUUAGAGACAAGCAACCGGAUCUGGAAAUAACGGAUGAAGACGAACUUUGUGUUGAAAUCGCAGCCUUGUGCCAUGACCUUGGACACGGACCAUUUUCUCAUGUCUUUGAUAUGAAAAUUAUUCCUAAAGCGUGGGAAAUGGAUGACCGUAAAAAUAAUGAAAAAUGGAAACACGAGCAAGGCUCGAUCGACAUGUUUGAUCACAUGCUGAAAGUAAAUGCAGGACUUGCAAAAGAAUUCAACGAUAUGAAAUUCACGAACGGUAAGAAAUUCACGGAAAAGGAUAAAACAUUUAUUAAAGAAUUGAUAAAUGGGCCAAAAAAAGAUGACCGCAAAGGAAGAACGAAAGAAAAAUGGUUUCUAUACGAGAUUGUUUCCAACGACCGAAAUCAGAUAGAUGUCGACAAGUGGGACUACUUUGCACGUGACUGUCACAUGUUGGGUAUUGGAAACAAUUUUAAUCACAAUCGAUUAAUAUCAUUCUCGAGGGUUAUAGAAGUUGAAGGAGAACAGCAGAUUUGCUACAGAGACAAAGAAGCUACAAACCUGUAUGAUAUGUUUCAUAUCAGAAAUUUACUCCACCAGAGGGCGUACCAACACAAGACAAGCAACAGCGUCGAAAUCAU